GAGCAGUGUUGGUGUUACCUACAGAAACGUCAUUACAGUGUGUGUGAAAGCGCAGACCCAAACAAACUCGUUCAAUCGAAAACAAAGCAAAGCAAGCAUCGAAAGAGCAGCAAUGGCAGAUACAGCGAUGGCAGUCCCCGCAGCAGCAGCAGCCCCAGCCGCCGUGGCCAAGACCCCGAAGAAGGCCAAAGCCGCCGCAGGACCGAAGAAGCCGAAGAAGCCCGCGACGCAUCCUCCGGUAAACGCGAUGAUUGUGGCCGCCCUGAAGGCGCUGAAGGAGCGCAACGGCUCGUCCCUGCAGGCCAUCAAGAAGUACAUGGCAGCCAACUACAAGGUCGACGUGGCCAAGCUCGGACCAUUCAUCAAGAAGGCGCUGAAGACGGGCGUGACGGGUGGCAAGCUGGUGCAGACGAAGGGAGUAGGAGCGUCCGGAUCGUUCAAACUGUCGGCCGAGGCGAAGAAGCCAGUGGUGGAGAAGAAGAAGAAGGCCGCAGUGCAGAAGAAAAAGUCGGCCGCUGCUGGAGACAAAAAGAAGAAGCCAGCGACGAAGAAGGCGGCUGGUGAGAAAAAGAAGAAGGUAGCGAAGAAGGCCGAGGGAGGAGCCGCUGCCAAGAAGCCGAAAGCAGCGACUGCAGCCAAGAAGCCGAAGCCAGCCGCCGCCAAAGCUGGGGGAGCGAAGAAGGUCGUGAAGAAGGCAGCGACAGCAGCACCGAAGCAGAAGGCGACCAAGCCCUCGAAGAAGACGGGAGCGCCCAAGCCAAAGACUCCCAAACCGAAGAAGGCCGCCGCACCUGCCAAGAAGGCCGCGGCACCUAAGAAGGCCACUGCUGCGAAGAAGUAAGCUGAGUUGGAUCAUCAAAGGGCACGAGGCGGAUUGCCCUGGCCAUUUCGUAAAACAGUCCUUGUCAGGACUAGAAAAUGUAUUUUUAAGGAUUAUUACCGUGACCAUCGUCUGCUAAGAUGAAGUUUGCUUGCUCGAAGUGAACCAUUCCUUGAUCUCGACUCCAAUGAAGUUGAUAUGUUUGUUUUAAACAUUUUGAAAGCGCACAUCGCUCGGAACCGACCGACGUGCCAAGUGUACAUAAUUGGAUAUUUUAAGCAAAAAGUAAGCGUUAUUGUAUACCGUACGGUUAUACGAGUUAAAAUAUAUAAGUUUUGACAUUA